AUGGCAGACAGUUCUUUUCCACCUCAUCCCCCAGCCACCGAGGCCACGCCGCUGCUCUCUUCCCACCAGCAAUAUUCUGUCUUUACCAAUGGACAAAAGCGACUGAUCAUCCUUACAGCAGCACUGGCAUCAAGCUUCUCGCCGUUUUCAGCGAACAUCUACUAUCCCUCGCUGAACUCCAUCGCAGCUGAUCUCCAUGUCAGCAGCUCUCAGAUCAACCUGACGAUCACUACAUAUAUGAUCUGUCAAGGUCUCGCCCCCUCAUUCAUGGGCUCCUUCGCAGACCAAGCCGGCCGCCGCCCAGCCUACAUCCUCUGCUUCCUCAUCUAUAUCAUCGGCAACAUCGCCCUCGCGCUGCGACACAGCUAUCCAGCCCUCCUCAUCCUUCGCGCCGUGCAAAGCUGCGGAAGCAGCGGUACCGUGGCGCUCGCUUCCGCAGUUGCCGCGGACGUCAUCACGUCCGCCGAGCGAGGCAUGUAUAUGGGCAUCACAUCGCUGGGCAACAUCCUCGCUCCGUCCCUGGGGCCGAUUCUGGGGGGCUUUCUGAGCCAGUAUCUCGGCUGGCAGGCCGUGUUCUGGUUCCUGGCGCUGGCCGCAAUCACCUUCUUCGUGCCGUUGGUGGCGUUCUUCCCUGAGACGUGCCGUGCAAUCGUCGGCAACGGCUCCAUCCCCGCCCACGGGUGGAAUCAAUCCCUCCUGAACCGGUGGAGCAGCCAACACAAGCAGCAGAGGGAUUGCGAGCGUCCUUCGAACCCGGCCACCCCCUGCCGCCACGACCUCGACCACAACCACGCGCAGAAGCGGACGAUCGCCUGUCCGAACCCCGUGUCCACCCUCCGACUCCUCUUCCAGCUCCCCACGGGCCUCCUCAUCCUCGCCAACGGCAUCGUCUUCGCGAGCUACUACUCCGUCAUCGCGGGGAUCCCCUCCCAAUUCAAGAAGAUCUACGGACUAACCGACCUAGGCAUCGGCCUGAGCUUCAUCCCCGCCGGCCUCGGCUCGCUCGUCAGCGCAACCUUCAACGGCCUCCUCGUCGACUGGAACUACAUCCGGCUGCGCACAAAAGCCGGCCAUCCCAUCUCCAAGACCCAGAAGCAGGAUCACGGCGAGUUUCCCAUCGAGCGGGCCCGGUUGCAGAUCGGAAUCCCCAUGACGGUCGCAGCAGCACUCGCAGUCGCCGCCUACGGCACAGUCAUCGCCCGCGAGCCCGCCCUGGCCGUCGCCCUGGCGCUCGUGUUCGUGAUUGCUUUCUGCAUCACCGCCGCUUACAACGUCAUGAACGUCCUCGUCGUCGACUUGUACUACACCACCCCGGCCACGGCCAUGGCGGCCAACAAUCUCGUGCGAUGCUUCCUGGGCGCGGCCGCCACGGCUGCCAUCCAUCCGAUGAUCGUGCGUUGCGGGAACCAGGCCACGUACUGGGUCGUCGCGGGGGCGAUGCUGGGUGUUACUCCGUUGCUGGUGGUGGUAUACUGGAAGGGGCUGGAGUGGAGGAAUCGUCGUGGCCCGGAGGUAGCGGAUUCAUAG